UACAGUAAACAUGGUGGGCGAAAACAUAAAUUCAUACAAAAGGCUCAAAGUAUUCUAAGAAACCCUAGCUUGCUCCAUUCCCUGCGUCCACCACACGCUCCACAAUCUACUCUUCCUCAAUCGAAAUCUCUGCUACAGAUUGGUGAAGAGAGAAAUGUCGGAUCAGAGAUUGACUCGUAUUGCUAUAGUCAGCUCUGAUAAGUGUAAACCAAAGAAGUGCCGUCAGGAAUGCAAGAAGAGCUGCCCCGUUGUUAAAACUGGAAAACUUUGUAUUGAGGUGACUCCUGCAUCCAAGAUUGCCUUCAUCUCAGAGGAGUUGUGCAUUGGAUGUGGUAUUUGUGUAAAGAAAUGCCCCUUUGAGGCAAUUCAGAUCAUCAAUCUGCCAAAGGACUUGGACAAGGAUACAACACAUCGUUAUGGUCCUAACACUUUUAAAUUACAUAGGUUGCCAGUCCCAAGACCAGGACAAGUUCUUGGCCUGGUUGGAACAAAUGGUAUUGGAAAAUCAACUGCUCUUAAAGUUUUAGCUGGGAAACUAAAGCCUAAUUUGGGACGCUUCAAUAACCCUCCCGACUGGCAAGAGAUAUUGACUUAUUUCAGAGGUUCUGAAUUGCAGAAUUACUUCACUCGUAUUCUGGAAGAUAAUUUAAAAGCUAUAAUCAAGCCUCAGUAUGUUGACCAUAUUCCCAAGGCUGUCCAAGGGAAUGUGGGGCAAGUGCUUGAUCAAAAGGAUGAGAGAGAUAUAAAAGAAGAACUUUGUGUUGAUCUUGAGUUGAAUCAGGUUUUGGACCGCAAUGUUGGAGAUUUAUCUGGUGGGGAGCUUCAACGAUUUGCCAUUGCUGUUGUUGCUAUACAGAAUGCAGAAAUAUACAUGUUUGAUGAGCCAUCUAGUUACCUGGAUGUGAAGCAGAGGCUUAAAGCUGCUCAAGUUGUCAGAUCUUUGCUCCGGCCCAACAGCUAUGUAAUUGUUGUGGAACAUGAUUUGAGUGUUCUUGAUUACUUGUCGGACUUCAUAUGCUGCCUGUAUGGGAAACCUGGUGCAUAUGGUGUUGUCACUCUUCCUUUCUCUGUUAGAGAAGGAAUUAACAUAUUCUUGGCAGGAUUUGUGCCAACAGAAAAUCUGAGAUUCCGUGACGAAUCACUUACCUUCAAGGUUGCUGAGACCCCACAGGAAAGUGCUGAAGAAGUUGAAACAUAUGCACGCUAUAAAUACCCUACCAUGACAAAGACACAAGGUAAUUUCAAGCUCAAGGUUGUUGAGGGUGAAUUUACCGACUCCCAGAUUAUUGUAAUGCUUGGUGAGAAUGGUACUGGGAAGACAACAUUCAUCCGAAUGCUGGCUGGAUUGCUGAAGCCUGACAUUGUAGAAGGCUCAGAUGUGGAGAUACCAGAGUUUAAUGUCUCUUACAAACCACAGAAAAUUAGUCCAAAAUUUCAAUCCUCCGUAAGGCAUUUGCUACAUCAGAAAAUUCGUGAUUCCUAUACACAUCCUCAAUUUAUCUCAGAUGUAAUGAAGCCUCUCCAAAUUGAGCAAUUGAUGGAUCAAGAAGUUGUGAACCUAUCUGGUGGAGAGUUGCAAAGAGUUGCCCUAGCUUUGUGUCUUGGGAAGCCUGCUGACAUAUAUUUGAUAGAUGAACCAAGUGCUUACCUGGACUCUGAGCAGCGUAUUGUUGCUUCCAAAGUCAUUAAGAGGUUUAUACUUCAUGCAAAGAAGACAGCUUUUGUGGUGGAGCAUGACUUCAUAAUGGCAACUUACCUGGCAGAUAGAGUAAUUGUGUAUGAAGGGAAGCCAUCGGUGGAUUGUAUUGCAAAUUCACCACAAUCAUUGUUGACGGGAAUGAACCUAUUCUUAUCUCAUCUGGAUAUCACUUUCCGCCGGGACCCAACCAAUUACCGCCCACGAAUUAACAAACUUGACUCAACCAAGGACCGGGAACAAAAGAAUGCUGGAUCCUAUUAUUACCUGGAUGAUUGAGCUAAUCAUUGUUGUGCAACAGGUUAGAGAUGAGCUUCGUCAUUUCUUUUAAUGCCGCUGGUGCCUACAUGUAUAACAGAAGCUCCAUCCUUCCCUCAGGUGGGAGGUGUUGAAAAGAAGCCCUGUUUACGGGGUUCAAAUGCCACAUUUUGGGUAUAAGAGGCGCACUUCUUUGUGAGGAGGAUAAAGACUUCAUAAAAUCUAUAGAGGCUCAUUGAUGAAGAGAACUGCAACUCCCGGACUAUAGUGCUGCAAUAUUGUGUCUUUAUCUUUUACAGUAUUUGUUAGUUACUAGUGUAGUACUGACACUUUGGUUUGAUAUGUUUUUCUUCAAUAUUCUUGGGCCAUUUUGGGAUAAAUUUUCUGUUGUAUUUAUUUUUUUAAACCUCCGGAAGAUGCAUGUAUUCACUGGAGAUAGAUGAAAAACAACCAACUUAAUACUGGUCAGUAAAUUUGGAUUUUGGAUUGGAUA